ACUCAAAUAUGCAAAUAUUUAUACUUUUUUCACCUCCUUUAUAGGAGAUCGAUAUUUAACAUUUAGUAGCCAACCACGAUUUUCCACCUCCUUUACAGGAGAUCGGUAUUAAGCAUUUAGUGCCAACCACGAUAACAUUCGGAAGCUCUCGGAUAUUUACAUUGCUUGCAUCGUAAAUGAGCGAGGUGUUAGAUUAUAUAUUCAUAUUGACCUAGGGUCAUAUGCAUACAUCAUUUCCCAUAGUCCAUUGUGCCUUACUUUUUUCUGGUGAUCACAUGACAAUCUUUCAAAAUGAAAGUCAAAAUGCCAAAAUCGGUGGGUCACUGUGAAAACUGUCUAAAUAUGAGAAAAUAAAGGGUGGCAGAUGGCUGUUCAAAACAAAGAUUUUUCAGAAUGGAUGGAAAAUAAAACAUUACCAGAAUGUAUGAUGUAUAUGCUGAAGAAUGAAAUUAUAUGUGAUGUGACGUUUCUUGUUGGUGAAGAUUGUAAACCUAUCAAAGCACAUAGAUACAUGUUGUGUAGCCGCAGUCCUGUUUUUCACACAAUGUUCCAGGGGUCAAUGCCAGAGACGAACAAUAUAAAUGUUCCUGAUAUUGAUGAGAAUACAUUCGACUUGGUAUUGAAAUACAUUUACAGUGACGAAAUUGAGAUAACAAAUGAAAAUGUAAGAGAUAUAUUGUAUGCAGCUGACAAGUACAUGUUAUCCAGGGUAAAAAAGAAGUGUUCAGAUCUUUUAAAAACGACUGCACGUUCCUCUGAUGCAGUUGUUGCCCUUUCAACUGCUUCACAAUUUCAUCUUGAAGUUCUUCAACGUGAAAGUUUGCAGUUUAUUGAAAGUAACUCGAAAGCGUGUUUAGCAUCUGUACAUGCAAUCAACCUCUCUAAAGAAUGUGUAGAGAUGAUAUUACAGUCCGACUAUUUAUCGUGUACAGAGACGGAUAUCUGUAAGUUUUUCUUGACUUGGACUGACAAAAGCAUUGAAGCAGCAAACGUAGAAAGAAAUCCCGAAAAUCUAAGAAGCGUUGUAGGUAAUCUGUUAUAUCUUAUUCGGUUUCCCUUAGUAGACAAAACAUAUUUUUCCCAGUUUGUUUCUCAUACAGGCAUAUUAACUCUUCCAGAAAUUGUGAAUGUUUUCCGAUCGCAUUAUGGAGAGAAAAGUGAUGUAUUUGUAGAAAAAACAAGGGUGCCACUGGCAAAAAGGGCGACACAUACUUUUACUCGACAUGCAACUCGUCGUUCCAAUUGGACUGCACGUGGUGUAGAUGCUCUUGAUAUUGAGUCGGAUAAAAACAUAUGGACAAAUGGAGUCGUUGUUUUUGGACCAACAGGAGAGAUAUCAUCCAAUUAUCGGUCGUUUGAGUUUGAGAUUUUAAACGAGAAGAACAUAUGUAUUUAUUCAUCGAUUUUAAACCUACCAACAGAGGCUACAGGAAGCAAGAAAUAUACUUUUGGACCAGUACUGAUAAAAGCAAACACGUCGUACACUCUGCUGUUGAAGGACAUCAAAGUAAAAACAUAUUAUGGAGUCGAUUGCAAGACGUCCUUUACAGCAAACGGUGCAACAGUAACAGUGAAAAAUUCAACAAGGUGUACCACGGGAACAAACACAGAACAAGGACAAUUUGCAGGAUUCCUCUUUAUUUCUUAAUUUAUAAUCAUGACAUUUAAAUUCACAUGCCAAAAUGUUGAUGUCUUAAUACAAUUCAAUUCAUUUCUUUAUUGUAUACUCUCUAUCAUUAUGUCUUACAAGAGAAAUUAAUUAUAAAGAGGAAAUGGCAGAUAAAUUGCAAUGCCAUAUGAUAUACAAUUAUAAUGCUUAUAUAGUACAA